UAUGCUGCUCUGCCACGUGCCGGAUUUAAGGCGUCCAUCCAAGUGGAUGUUUGCCCCUCUCCUCCUUUUCCUGGCUGAGCUCGGCUCCGGCACCCAACCCACUUACCAAUGGAAAGAUGCUGUGACGAACGAGAAGCUGACCUGCCAGCAGUGCCCGCCGGGGACCUUCGUGGCACAGCACUGCACCAGGGACAGACAGACGGUGUGCAAACCCUGCCCGGAUUUGCACUACACGCAGUACUGGAACUACCUGGAGAAGUGCCGGUACUGUAACGUCAUCUGCGAGGAGAAGCAGGUGGAGGUGCAGCAGUGCAAUGCCACCCACAACCGCGUCUGUCAGUGCCAGGAGGGCUACUACUCGGAGAUGGAGUUCUGCAUCCGGCACUCUCAGUGUCCACCAGGCUCCGGUGUAGAGAAACUGGGUACCCCCUUCGAGAACACCCAGUGCCGCCCUUGCCCCCGCGGCUUCUUCUCUUCCUCCAACUCCAGCACCAAGCCGUGCCAGCCGCACCAGGACUGCGAGCAGCAGGGGAAGGUGACCAACGUGCAGGGCAACCAGUACCACGACACCCUCUGCACCUCCUGCAGACCGGGGAGAAGCAACAGCACGCAGGGACCAGGAGACGACGACUGUGAGCAAGCCAUGAUAGACUUCGUGGCAUACCAGAACAUCCCCGCCAGAAAGCUGAAGCGUCUGCAGCAAAUCCUGGAGCGCUCGCCUAGGAAGCAGGCGCUGGGGACCAGGGCAGCCAUCCAGGAGAAGUUCAGGGCUUUCCUCACCCACCUCAAAGAGGGGCACUACGAGGUCACCAAGGAGCUGCUGGACGCGCUGCGAGCUGCCAAGCUCCACUCCAUCGAAGAGAAGGUCCGCAAGCGCUUCCUCCUGUACUGAGAACAUGAACUGAACUUUUUGAG